AUAAAUAUGCAUAAGAGCGGGAUAACGGCGAUCUAGCAGGCAGUUAGUCGUAGAACCGUCGGUGUUGUCUCGUAUUCUUUCUUUCGUCGUCGUCGUCUCUCACCGGAAGUUCCUCCUUUUGUUCACAUUUUCGACGCCUUAAACAAUGGUGCACGGAGCAGGUAACGCUUAUCUUCAAUAUUAAUCAGUCGGCCAUAUUGAAAAUGCUCAACAUCUGUUUUGACGCCGGUCGCCAAAUUUCAAAGGCCUACUGAACAAGACUACUGCUAUUGUACCGCAUAUUAACCCAACCUUUUGGGGCCUAGAGUGUUACACUUUAGUAUAAUAUUGGCGAUGACAGAUGUCCCUUAAUAACUUGCUUUUCUUUGUUCGAUCAAUGGAACAGAGGACCGAAAAUUGUUCGUCGGCAUGCUCAAUAAGCAACAAACUGAAGAAGAUGUGCGCCAAUUGUUCCAGCCAUUCGGCUCGAUUGAAGAGUGUACGAUUUUGAGGGAUCAGAACGGAAAUAGUAAAGGUUGCGCCUUCGUAAAAUUCGGGGGAGCGUCGGAGGCCCAAGCUGCUAUAAAUGCUCUUCAUGGAAGUCAGACGAUGCCGGGAGCCUCUAGCAGCUUAGUAGUAAAACUAGCCGAUACGGAGAAAGAACGCCAAAUUAGACGCAUGCAGCAGAUGACGGCUGGACCACUAGGUCUGCUUUCGCCAUUGAGUUUGCCUUUAACUUCGGCCUACUGUUAUUCUACUGGUUCGCCUUUGAUACAACAACAGGCGGCUUUAAUGGCGGCUGCUCAAGGAACUUACCUUACCAACCCAGCCGUCUUAGCCGCAUCUCAUCCUUUAGCUGCCACAGCGCCAAACGGCUUAACAGCCGCCACUACACCAACAACCUCGGCCACAGUUAAUGGGGCUGCACCGACAAUGUUGUCGCCCACUGUCGCGGCACUACCAGUUGCCCAAGGCCAAGACAUCUAUAACGGAGCUGUUACACAAUUGGAUGCCCUACAACAGGCUUACACCAUACAAAGCGUCCCCGCCGCUUAUCCCAUUAGUGCGGCAGCCUUGGCAUACGGUCAGCUGCAGGCAUUGGGUACUGUUCUACCAAAUGCCCAAAAGGAAGUUGUUCUAACUGGUCCGGAUGGUUGUAAUCUAUUUAUUUAUCAUUUACCUCAAGAAUUUGGAGACGCUGAAUUAGCUCAGAUGUUUAUGCCAUUUGGUACUGUUAUUUCGGCUAAAGUCUAUGUGGAUAGAGCUACGAAUCAGUCGAAAUGUUUUGGAUUCGUUAGCUUCGAUAAUCCUGCUAGCGCUCAAGCGGCUAUACAGGCAAUGAACGGAUUUCAGAUCGGAAUGAAAAGACUUAAGGUGCAGUUGAAGAGGCCUAAGGACGCUAAUCGUCCCUAUUAAAGACGCCUAUCUCAUUUUCUUAUCUUCAUUUGAUUACGACAUAAUAUUGAGCACAAGCCCCCUCUACAGGCUACUCCAUCUCGUGUCUAAACAAAAUGUAAGCUUUUCUGUUGUGCUACAAUGUGUCGUCAAGAAUCUCAAAAGGUCACAGCCUAAAAAAAUUUUUAGUAGAGUUAGGUCACUGUAGGUCAUUCUGUCGCUGGACCACGCCAAAAAAAAAAUCAAUUACAAAAAACAUAAAACUACAUUCCUUUUAUUUUUAAACUAAGCGUGUUCUGAAAUUUUGCCAGUCUCUUUUUUUUUUACUUUUUUUUGUUGAUUGUUGAGCUAGAUUUGUACAGUGUUCAGUUUUUUUCUUUUUUUUUUUUUUU